CAGCGAGCCUGUCAUAGACCAUGGUACAAGAGUUGAAAAAAAAGUGUUGACUUCUGUCUCUUUCUUUCCCCCUAAGCCUACCUGCCCGCUUUUUUCCUCGCAGCAUCACCUUUCAACAACACCGACGACGCUAAGAGAAUCUCCCUAAAGAUCAAUCACAUCAAUCAUCACUCAAAGUCAUCACAAGAACAUCACAAAAUCACAAUCAAAAUGAUGCGUUGGGGUGCAGGACGUGAUGCGAUCAGCUGUCCAGUGUGCGGUGGCCUUUUUUCCACUGGCUCCAUGAAGCACCAUCUUAGGACAUGCGCUAGAAGGUUCCUGAACGGGCUAGUAAACUGCCAAUCCUGUGGUCGUCCCUGCGCAAAAGAAGACUUGGCGGAACAUCAGAAACGGUAUAUUAGGAGAGUUGUAGUAAAUUCCUGUUAUGCUACAACUCUAGUGCUAUAGGCAUUGGCAUACUCAAUAAGAAUGAUCCGCUCCCAGAGCCUGGCUCAGGUGACUUUAUCGACCACAUUUAUUUAUGAGUCAUCAGUCCUCAAGGUCAAGCUCAAUCACAAUCAAAAAUCGUCUCCACCUCUAUAGAUGUUUCAAGAUGGUCAAGCGGGACAACGCAGGAGAAGUUCCAGAAGAGAAGAAACGGGAGUUCUUGCAACGUGUGAAAGAUAUCAAAGGCGCUUUUUCAGCUUUGGAACGAGGGGAAUUAGGUAAACAUAGUACGUAGAAUAAAUGUAGUAGUUGGUGAAGAUGGCGUUUUAUACAGAAGAACUACAACUAGAAGUUGUGAUCUUCUCCUUGACCUUUGCCCAUGGCCGAUUUCUCCCAAAGUACGAUUAGGUCUCCCAGACAAGCAAGGGCGUUUUGCAUGUGGAGUGUGCGGCGAGAAAUUCCGUCUACAGUCCAUCCUAGCCCACGAAGCUGGAUGUCGAGAGCAGCUAAGGCUGCAGAAUGAGGCAGUUGGAACCCUUCUGGCUGGAACUUCUAGUGGGCAGGAGAAGGACGCUGAAGAAUCUGAAGAAGCGUUGAUUAUGGCUUCAUCUUGGGGAUGAAAUCUUCUAGUCUAGUCAGUCUAGUAUUCUACUGAUUGAUGUAAUCGAAAACUGAAAAUGACCGAGAGAGUUACUGACUGAAAUUUAAGGGACGUAGUUUUGAAAGGCUACUCUUCCUUGUUCAGUACUUCGGUUAUUCUCGUCUGUUACUCGGUUAUUUCAGUUUUUCGAGUAACAGCUGCUCCUUCACGGAUGCAUUGGGAGGCUUAUGGAACGCUAUCACGUCAAGUCAUGAUACUACUCUUUGUUCCCAGACGCCACAUAGUACUACUACCUCCUCUUCCUCUAAUCUCACGCGCGCACAUGCGCAUGCGCUAGGCAAACACCUCGAUGCUCUCCGAUCCGAGAUUUGUGGCAGUAAGACUCUCUCAGAUCCGAUUAUGAUUGAGAAAGCAUGGAGUCUCUGCAUCGAAAGAUUACGUGCUGUGGUAACGAAUGCAACCGUUCCAAGAGGUGUUGAAAAGAAAUAUCGGAGGCUCAAGCGGAAAAACGAAGCCUUUCGAGACGCAGUGGGCCAAUGGAGUAAUGCGGUAGCAUGUUAAGGCGGUGCUUGAGCGUGUUUCGGUUGGUAAUACAGAUGUACAUGCACAACUACAUGCAGCUCAUGAAAAUAUGGAGAAAGUCAAGCGUUUUCGAACGCGAAAGGUGCUUUCUAUUUCUGAUAUAAUAAGAAAAAUAACGACUCACUACUUACUUCACACGCAUUCCACCUCUUCUAACUCCCGUCGUUCACAUUCUAAUCGUGCAUGAAGACGAUGGGGUUCCUGGAGACACAGACUGAAAAAGCACCUGCUGCAGGAGCUGCAGCAGCGGCCCUCGAAGGCGGAGCAGGUGGACUAGGGAUCGUUACUACUAAAAACAGCAAACAGGCGACACCUGGAUUGGCUUCCUCGGGAGGUAACAGCGCCUGUUAGUACUGCUACAUUGUAAUGCAUCUGAAACUUGCUUGUCCUCGUUGUCGUACAUGAUUUUGAAGUUGACCACGCUGUGAUUGUGAAAUCAUUAACAGAUAGUACACGUCACCACCACUUUCUUUCUACUCUAAGUCGACGAGUCUUCCCCACAUCUUCCUUCUUAACAAGGUGUUGAGGAAGUGCUCCUCCUUCCAGAGCCUUUUACUCUGGAAGGCAGUCAAACCUGGCUACGUCUGUUGGAAGACAUUCCAAGACAGAUUUUGGAGCCUGGUCUUGUCCUGGAGGGGUGUAAAUACUGUGGGCGCAAGUUUCGCUUCGAUCGCAUCGCGAAGCAUGAGACAAGGUGCAUGGCAGGUAAACCGAAGCGAGCGAAACUAGAUCUCGUUGCGCACUACUUGCGAGGGACGCCGGCUGAGAACUACAUUCCGCAGAUUAAAGCGGCAGGCAAGAUAACGAAACUUCCGAAACUAGCGCAGACGGCGAACCGCGAAGCGGGACGCGCGAACGGAAAUCAGUGUCCACGCUGUCUACGCACUUUCGCAGGCGAUUCCUACGUGAAACACGUAAAACGGUGCAAGGCCACAGGACCUGACGCGAUAAUGCUCAAGAGAUCCACGUUGGACAAUAUGACGAAAACGAAUGGUGGAGCAUCCUCUGCUUCCUUUAGUAGUACUAGUACUAAAGGCCGCGGGAUCGAAGGUGCUCCUGCACCAAGAAAUUAUAAUAGCUCCUCAUCUUCAUCUUCUUCCUCCAAUGGACCACGACGAAGUAGAGUAGCAGAUGAUGACUACGAUAUGAUAAACAUCCAGGAAGAACAAGGUGAUCCUGACAAGAAUAUGAUAUGCCAGGAAAUUAUCCCCGCCUCAAGAUCGAAGACUAGAACCCUAGACGAUAACGAGGACAAUGGGCUGGAAGAAAUGCGACUUGCUGCCAAUAAGUCUAACACCUAUGGUCGAUCAACGAAAACCCCCAGGAAAGCGUCGAUGUCAUCCUUCAACCUGACCAACCCGACUCCUUCCUCGUCUUCCUCUUCCAGACGGCCACCAAGUGCAGGAAGGAGUGGUAGAGGUGCAAAUGCGAGUGCGAUAUCAUCUCAUAUUAUAAAAGGAGGUGGAACAGGAGCAGGAGCAGAUCUCGGAAUACUACACCCGCAUCAGUCAACAUCGCAGCAUGUCGUGAAUCUGACCCUUGACAGUGCUCCCGGUCUGAAAUCUAGCAUGUCAAUGUCGCGACCCACGUCUGGAGGUAGGCCUUCAUCUGCAGCGUACCAAGCACUGCUUCAACAACAGCAGCAGCACAGUAGUCAUGCGUUGGCGCAGGACAGCAACGCUACAGGUGAUAGGAAUCGACCUAGCAGCACCAGGCACACGACUUCUUCUGGAGGUGCAUGCCACGACCAAGAACAAGAUGUUGGCAAAUUGCAUGACGUUGGUCCAUGCGAGAGCUCUGUUUUGAUGCGGCCUGUUCCCCUCCAAGAACUGAAAGUCCAGAACGGUUUGUGCGGUUCACCUACACCUUCCUCAUCUACUGUAGCUCCUUUAUCGGAAGAUCGUUCGUCGUCUGCCAUGCUAGAUCAGCAUCACGAGAUUUUCAUAGACGCGGACGAUCUGGAACACGAAAUAGAGACAGAGCAAUUUUGUGUAGCCGAAAGUUUGGAGCAAGAAGUUGAUAUAAAUGCCUUGAUGGGAAUGAUGUAAAGCAUCUCGUCUAGCGCUAAUUUUGGAAUUUUGAUGCAUCUUCAGCCUACAACUACAUUUACUUCUUGAUCCUCUUGAUGUUCUUGUUCAGCUUGUUUUUCAACGCAACAGCAACAAAUCUAUAGCAACUACCUGCAGAAUAACUACCUAGUAGUUUGAGGUGAUCCUCUUCAGCGGUCGUCAUAACUAGACCUCCAUUGUCUGCCCAGAUGAUGACGACGACCCGCUGCACCCGCUUAUGUUUUUG